AUGGGAGCUUGUGCUAGUGCCCCCAAGGAUCUAGGAAACAAGCAAAAACUUCUUCCUCCCGAGGAGCCUCUCAGCCCCAAGAAAUCUCAGCCCGAGCCCGACAAGUUUCCACAAGUAUCUGUUCUUUACAAUGGGAAUGGGGGCGAGACGGCUAAAAAGGAAGAACAGCCUCUGGUGGAUGUGACCGAGACGCCUAGCAAGGAACAAGAGCCUUUGGUAGAUAUUUCUGAACCGGAACCCGCUCAAGAGGCCUCCACCGAAUCAAAGCGGGUUGAUGAGCAGCAGGCCCCGAUGGAUCAGCCUCUAGAGCCCAGCAAGGAGACUGCCCAGAAAGAGCCUGAAAAUGAAGCCAAGGAGGGGGAUGGUGCAGGCAAGCCCAAGGAGGAGGCCCCUACUGCCCCAGUCUCAGAAGAAAAAAAGGAAUCCCCCCCUCUGGUCACCUUGUCAUAA